ACGCAGGGCCGGGAUGGCGCGCAGCACCCCGGCGUAGGUCCGGGCGGGAGCCAUGGGGCCGCUGCGGGCGCUGGUGCUCGCGGUGCUGGCGGUGCAGUGCACGGAGGCCGCGGCCGGCUCCAGCCCGGAAAAUUCAUGAACUCCAGCAGGUUCCUCAUUCUUGAAUUCAGGGACUCUGUUCCAAGGAGCAUUGUUACUCUCCUACUAGGUUUUCUUGAAUUCUCUGUGGGAAAAUUUACAUACUUUGAGCUCAACAGGCCCUUUCCUGUGGAAGCUGCUCUACAUCAAAUUUCAAGCAAUGUGACUUUUCUUAUUUUCCAAAUACACUCACAGUAUCAGAACACAACUGUUUCAUUUACUAAGACUCUCCUUCCCAACGCCUCAGAAACAGGCAACGACGGAGGACUGGUCUUCACUCUUAGACCUGAGCAGACCGUAUGCACUUGGUACUUGGGGACUGAAGAUACCAAGCCUGUCAAAAACGUAGCCAUUCCACUCCCUUACUCAGAAGGAGAUCCUAUUCCCGGAGGCUGUAAUUUGGAGUUUGAUUUAGAUAUUGAUCCCAACAUUUACUUGGACUAUAAUUUUUUUGAAACAACUAUCAAAUUUGCCCCAGCAAACCUAGGCUAUGCAAGAGAUGAGGAGCCUCCGUCUUGCGAUGUGGGCACAGGCCAGGACUUCAGGUGGAGGCUGCAGUAUGAUGUGUACCAGUAUUUUCUGCCUGAGAAUGACCUCACCGAGGCCGCACUGCUUUGGCAUCUGCAGAGGAUGGCCCAGGUGCCCCAGGUGAAGGCCAGUGCUGUCAAGGUGAUUACCCUAACAGGUAAUGAGAAGACAACUGUCUCCUUCUCUUCCCUCCCCGGACAAGGAGUCAUUUAUAACGUCAUUGUUUGGGACCCGGCCCUCAAUACGUCUGCCGCAUACAUUCCUGUGCACACGUAUGCCUGCAGCUUUGAGUCAGCAGAGGGUAACUGUGCUUCUCUGGGAAGACUAUCUACCAAAGUGUUCUCCACGCUGUUUGCCCUGCUUGGCCUCUUCAUUUGUUUCUUUGGACACAGAUUCUGGAAAACAGAAUUGUUCUUCAUCGGCUUCAUCUUCCUGGGAUUCUUCUUUUAUAUCCUGAUUACUAGACUGACAUCCCUUAAGUAUGAUGUUCGUCUGGUGCUCACAGCCGUGGCCGGCAGUGCCGGUGGAGUCCUUCUGGUGGCUGCUUGGUGGCGUUUUGGGACCCUCCUACUCUGCAUGCUGUGUGUUGGACUCGUGCUGGGCUUCUUCAUUGCCUCUGGGGCUUUCUUCACUCCGCUGGGAAACCUAAAGGUUUUCCAUGACGAUGGAGUGUUCUGGGUAACAUUCUCUUGUAUAGCUCUGCUUAUCCCAGUGGUGUUCAUGGGCUGCCUCCGAAUACUGAACAUCCUGACUUGUGGGGUUGUUGGCUCCUACUCGGUGGUCUUGGCUGUUGACAGUUACAUGUAUACCAGCCUCUCCUACAUCACUCUGAAUGUCCUCAGGCGAGCUCUCAACACAGAUUUCCGCAGGGCUUACCUCAGUGUGCCUUUUCAAACUAAUGACUUCAUCAUCCUGACGGUGUGGGGGAUGCUGGCGGUCAGCGGAAUUACAUUGCAGAUCCGAAGAGAAAGAGGACAGCCCCCAUUCCCUCCCCACCCCUACAAGCUGUGGAAGCAAGAGAGAGAACGUAGAGUGACGAACAUUCUGGACCCCAGCUACCACACCCCUCCCCUGAGAGAGCGGCUCUAUGGCCGACUCACCCAGAUCAAAGAACUCUUCCGGAAGGGGCAACCAGCUGGAGAGAGGACACCCCUACUUCUGUAGAUGGCCAUGGGCUUGGUCAGUGUGCCUCAGCCCUGGAGUUCCUGUCCAGACUGCCCCGCUGUCCCCAAUGCAGGUCCAAUGUGCAGUCAAGGCUCUGGGGGACAGGAUGGUGCCUUGCUGAUACAGGGGGCUGAGACAUUGGGAGGCCUCGCCAGGGCGUUAGAGGAUUCUAAGUGACAUGACAGCGGUGAACACAGACUUGGUGGUAGAAACUUUUCCUUAUUUCCACGUGACUGGUUUAUAAAAACAUCACUGUGUCCAUAAAAUAGGUACACCAAAAAAUAAAAGCCAAGGUUCUCCUAAAA